UGCCUCCACAGCAGCUCUCCUCAAUCCCGCCACUGUGCCGGGACGGCGCGAUUCCUGAUCGUGUCCAUAGUAUCUUAGUCCCUCUCUCUCCGCAACGACAGCAAUCGAGAUUACUCGCAGCGGCGAUAGUCGAUCGCCUGUACGGAUUUCCGGCAGCCUUUCGUGCCGUAAUCCUCGCGUCAUAUUGCCGUGGAUCCUAGGAAUAGUGAAUUUCGGAAGCCGGAUCCAACGUCAGACUAAUCGCUUUACCUUGUUCGCGAUUGAAGUAUCGGUCACGACCGGCAAGAAGGGGUCUAAGUUUCGAAUCGCCAGCUCCUGAGCAGAUUCGCGGUCUUUUUUUUUCAAAUUAGGGUUACCGGGUUACCCCUUAGAUUCAAACGUCAUCGCAUUGGUUGAGCAGCUGUACAAGAUGGCGACACUGGUUCCCACAUCCGAGGAGGAGCCCACGCUCGUCGUGGCACGAUUCUGCGCCGAGAUUGCGUGGGCAGAAGGCGGCGAGGAGGUGGCGGGCCCGGCUGUAGCGCAGGCUGUAGCGGAGGCCGGCACGCUGCUGGCGGCGAACCGCAAUGCCGACCUCGUGAGCCUGCUGCUGACGUCAGCAGAGACCGUCCUCGCCAAGGGAUCAGAGAAAGACGUGGAGGGCGCGUUCACGUUCAUCGCGAGCCUCAUUCCCAAGGCGGACGCCAAGGAGCAGGUGGAGGCGCUCGCCAGCCAGCUCGCGUCCAAGCUGCUCAUGGCGCCCGCGGACAAACCCGCGCUCAAACUCAAAGUCCUCGUGUUCCUCUACAACGCGCUCGUCGCGUGUCCGCGCGCGCGCUACGUGGUGUUCGCGGCGGCGCUGCGCCUGGCGCUCGCCGCCAAGCAGCACGAGCUGAUGCUGCCGCUGGCGCGGCGCUUCUCGUCCGCGUGCUUCCGCGAAUGGGGCGGCGCCGUCGACAAGGAGGAGCUCAAGGAGCUCUACGUGUCGCUUGGCGCGCUGCUGCAGGAGACCAAGGGCGGCGCCAAGGACGCGAGUGCGUUCACAAUGAAGUACCUCUCGCUCUUCACAGCCGCGGAGGCGGCAGCGUCGCCAGCAGCGCUGCAGGCAGCGGCAGCGGCAGCCAUCGACUUCAUCAAGACGCCCGACGCCUUCCAGAGCGACCUGCUGGAUCUGCCCGCUGUGCAGCAGCUGGCUAGCGUGCCAGAGCACGCGCCCCUGCACGCGCUGCUGUGUGUGUUCCUCAAGGAGCGCCUCCCUCAGUUCCACGCCUUCUGCCAGGCGAAUCCGACGGCACUCCAGACCUACGGUCUGAGCGCUGAGGACUGUGAGGCCAAGAUGCGGCUGCUCUCCCUCGCAGCCCUCGCCUCAGACAGCUUCGCAGCUGCGGCCUCCGCUGCUGCUGCUGCUUCCGGCUCUGCCUCUGCUGGAGGGGCAGCAUCCCCCACUGCUGCUGCGGGGGGGAGUGGUGCUGGUGCUGCCGGCAGCGGAGCCUUUGCUGUGGGGGAGAUCCGCUAUGCGCUGCUGCAAGACACUCUCCAGGUACCAGAGGAGGAGGUGGAGCAGUGGGUGGUGCGCGCUAUAGCCGCCAAGGUGGUGGACGCCCGCAUGGACCAACAGCGCCGCGUCGUCGUCGUCACGCGCAGCACACAGAGAGUGUUUGGGGCACCCCAAUGGCUGGAGCUUAGGAGCCGUCUGGCAGUGUGGAAGGAGAACAUCUCUAAUGUCUCGAGGGUUACUCAGAGCGCCCGCCUGUCUGGCUCCCUUGGUCCCCGUGGUGCCGCUGCAGCUGCUGCAGCCACUGCUGCUGCUGCCACCACAAGUGCCUGAGGAACAAUACAACAGAUUUGAGUAAGGAGUGGCUGGCAGUUCCGAGGAAAAUAACAGUGAAAUGAAAUUUUGUACUAGUAGGGUUUAGUGAGGUGCUGAAAACCUACGCAUGAUUGCAUUGUUGCUCUUUACAUGUGGACGCCCAUCCUGUGUUUUAUGCAAGUGAGCUGAAGACCUUGGUGCAGUUCAAUUUUCCA